AUGGGCGUGUGGCCAUUGGACCGCAGCAAAAUCCUCCAACUCUGGUUACAAAGCCUCCUAGCCUCACAAAAUGUCACCCUUAUUCGCACAAACUCAUGUUGCUCUGGCUAUAACUACUCGCUAUCCCCCCCCUUAACUCUCACUAUCCCUCACAAACCACAAGUCUCCAUUCCCAAACAACAAAACACCACCCUCACCCUCACCACCCAACCACCCAACUACCAAAUCACACUCCACUCCAAACAACUCACCAUCCAAACAUCCAAAUCCAAACCGCAAAAACAAAAAAUGCCCUUCCACACCCCCCAACCCAUCUCCAAACCACCAAAAUGCCCACCAACACCUAGACCCCAACCCACACAACCCCAACUCCCUUCACCUCCCCACUACAACCUCACCCCCACACCCCCACACCCCUUCUUCGCCAGCCUAGCCGCCCGCCUAGCCUACACAUCCGAACCCCGUUUCCUCCCCAACGGCGAACUCACACGCCCUGACCCGAUGCCGAGCUACAUCCCCGUGCACAGCGACGACCGGCUACCACCGCAUCCACGGCCCGCCAGUCUCUCAUCGUGGAAUCCCGUGCGGAGGAGCGAGCGGAGGCGGGAAGCGAAGAGUGACUUUACUACUUCGACGAUGGAAGGACGGGUGGAGAAGAAGAAAGGGAGGGAGGAGGCGAGGGUAGGAGCGGGGUUGAGGCAGAUGGAGUUGGCGUUGCGGCCAAAGUGUGAGGCGGGGAGGGGACAGAAGGGGCAUGCGGGGUGGCAUCCGUGUGAGCAUACUGCUACGGCGGAGAGGGAGCAGCAAAGGGUGCAAGGAAGGGAGUCGGAGGGAAGUAAUGGGAACAUAACGACGCCGCGUGAGUCAGGUCGUGUAGGUAAGAAGGGCGAGAAAUAUGUACGGUGUAUGUGCUGCGGACGAGAAUAUCAGGCAAAGUCGCCGGCGGAGCUGAAGCCAGAUACGAAACUCAGCAUAUGUGGGGAUUGUGGGAGGAAGAUGGGUGUGGAACAUGGUGAGACGGAGGAGAUGGAAUUGUAG